AUGGCCCUGUGGACACGUCUCCUGCCCCUGCUGGGCCUGCUGGCCCUCUGGGGGCCUGACCCUGCCCAGGCCUUCGUCAACCAGCACCUUUGUGGCUCCCACUUGGUGGAGGCACUUUACCUGGUGUGUGGGGAGCGUGGCUUUUUCUACACACCCAAGUCCCGCCGGGAGGUAGAGGACCCUCAGGUGGGGCAGAUGGAGCUAGGUGGGGGUCCUGGGGUGGGUGGCCCGCAGUCCUUGGCACUGGAAGUGGCCCCACAGAAGCGUGGAAUCGUGGACCAGUGCUGUACGAGCAUCUGCUCCUUAUACCAGCUGGAGAAUUAUUGCAACUAG